GUGUUUCUUACUUUAUACUGUCUUCAUGUUAGAUUUGUACAGCUCUCCUAGCCAGAGGAGGUGAGACAUCCGUUCCCCCUACAAGAGACUCUGGCUCUUGCAGGAUGGAUUUUCAAGGGUCAGUUCCGACCUAUAUCUAUGACAUCGAUUAUGGUAUGUCAGCACCCUGCCAAAAAAUCAAUGUGAAACAUAUUGCAGCCCAGCUCCUGCCCCCACUCUACUCCCUGGUAUUCAUCUUUGGUUUUGUGGGUAACAUGAUGGUCUUCCUCAUCUUGAUAAACUGUAAAAAGCUGAAGAGCAUGACUGAUAUCUACCUGCUCAACCUGGCCAUCUCUGACCUGCUCUUCCUGUUCACACUACCAUUCUGGGCUCACUAUGCUGCAAAUGAGUGGGUCUUUGGGAAUAUAAUGUGUAAAGUAUUCACAGGGCUCUAUCACAUUGGUUAUUUUGGUGGAAUCUUCUUCAUUAUCCUCCUGACAAUUGAUAGGUACUUGGCUAUUGUCCAUGCUGUGUUUGCUUUAAAAGUCAGAACGGUCAACUUUGGGGUGAUAACAAGUAUAGUCACUUGGGUGGUGGCUGUGUUUGCCUCUCUCCCAGAAAUAAUCUUUACCAGAUCUCAGAAAGAAGGUUUUCAUUAUACAUGCAGUCCUCACUUUCCACACACUCAGUAUCAUUUCUGGAAGAGUUUCCAAACAUUAAAGAUGGUCAUCUUGAGCCUGAUCCUGCCUCUACUUGUCAUGGUCAUCUGCUACUCAGGAAUUCUCCACACCCUGUUUCGCUGUAGGAAUGAGAAGAAGAGGCACAGGGCUGUGAGGCUCAUCUUUGCCAUCAUGAUUGUCUACUUUCUCUUCUGGACUCCCUACAACAUUGUCCUCCUCCUGACCACCUUCCAGGAAUUCUUUGGACUGAAUAACUGCAGUAGUUCUAAUAGACUAGACCAGGCCAUGCAGGCAACAGAGACUCUUGGAAUGACACACUGCUGCCUAAACCCUGUCAUCUAUGCCUUUGUUGGAGAGAAGUUCCGGAGUUAUCUCUCAGUGUUCUUCCGAAAACAUAUUGUCAAACGCUUUUGCAAACGGUGUUCAAUUUUCCAGCAAGACAAUCCUGAUCGUGUAAGCUCAGUCUAUACCCGAUCCACAGGAGAACAUGAAGUUUCUACUGGUUUAUGACCCGGUUGACUUUUGUGUAUCACGUAGUUUUUCUAUGCAGCUUGGGAGUAGGAAUGGUUCUUUUAAAAAAGAAAUUAGUAUCAUAGAGGGCCCAAGAUACAUGCAUCUUUUUUAUAUUUAUUUUUAGAUAGAUUGGGUCUUUUAAAGCUGAAUGGGGAGGUUGGGGUGGGGGAGCAGGGAGAAUGAGUCUUUUAUCAGGGCCGGGAAAUAUGCACAAAGAGACUUGAGGCAGGUGCCAUGGCCCAUAUGCAAAGGGACGGACGCAGGGCCGAUGCUGUUGCCUAGAGAUGACGUGUCUCACCGCUCGGUUCCUGAAAGCCGGCUGUAAAUAUGCCUGAUUGCCAUAAAGUCGCUUCUUGCGUCCACGGAUGUGCCUGAUUGCCAACAGGGAAGAAACACUUCUGCAUAUAAAAUGUAGAGUCAGCAGAACUUGGGGUAAAUUGGAGUUAGAGGUGCAUAAGAACCCCUAGGCUUAGUUAGGUUGAAAUACCCAUUGAGGAAACAGCAAAUACAAAGGAGGAAUAAAGAGUUUAGCCUAGGAAGGUAGUCUCAUUUUACAGCCGGAAUAUAAUGUUAUCUCAGGCUAGCAUUUUGUUCCUGCCUUCAGACCUAAAUCCUACCACACCGGGACUGUGAAACACCUGGAUUAUGAAUCAUGAGCCUGAGGUCUAGGAAUAAUAACGCUUGUGAUUUUAGAUGAGGGCUGUUUACAUAGUUUGAAGCCAGAACUUUAUAAUCUUGAGCAGAAGCUCCAAGAGAUGAGGAAAGAGCAUCAAUUUUCUCUAUUUACUUAGCAGUCAUCAUCUCUGGAAGAUUCAUUUUAGAAACAAGUUGUUGUGCACCUCAGAAGCCAUGAAAGUAUAACUACUGCUCUCUGUGUUCCAGGCUGAGUAUGAGGACUUCAGUCACACUUUCCAGAUGGCUUCUCCACACAAACAAUGCUAAAUUUGGCCAUUUCAGAGGUUUAGGAUUUUUUUUUGUUUUUGCAGUUGAUAUUGUUUUGAAUUUUAGAGCAGUUAAGAUCUUCAUAGUGAAGGUUAGAGGAGGAAACAAAGGGGUUAGAAUCUCUCAGAAGAUUAAAGUAUCUGCCUAACAAGAGGUGCUACUGGUUUUUCUCAAGCUCCGAUUGUGAAACCAGAGUCCUGUGACUGUCAGCAGGAAGUGAACGUUUGCUUUUUUAUUCCUUGUCAUCCACAUUCCUCCCCACUGUGUUGCUCAGACUGGAGUCAAGCUCAUGAUCCUCCUGCUUACAUCUCAAGUUCUGAGAUUACAAGUAUAUGUGAACAUAUCCAGCAGUUAUUUUUUUAUUCAUUAGCAUGUAGAAAGUUAUACAUUCUUUGAAGAUAAUGAGUCUUAUAAAAAGUGCUUUGUAAAAAAAUUGCAUUUUAUACUUUCAAUCAAGUAUACAUUUAGUGAGUAGUAUGUAAAAUUAUGAGAGUAUUUUGUAAGUAGUUGUUUUGGAGAACACCCCCAAAUACUACUUGUUUAAAUAUAGAGCUCUUGGAUGAAGUGGGUGGUGAUGAUGAUUAUAUUUCCUUUUAAGUAUUUUUAGCCAUUAACUUUCUUCCUUAGACAAUUUUUUAUAAUAAUUUGUUCUUAAAGAUGUUAUGUCCAAGCAUGCAGUUUCUGAGCAGUGUUGCUUUGAAAGAGUGUAAAUUUUAAAUUGUGCUUACUCUCAAUCAAAAGAGUUUUAACAUAUUUACAAAUUUAUUUCAGAAGUCAAGAAUCUGGUUGAAAAUAAAGAUAUGCAACUUUAUGGUCUGGUAUUUGAGUGGGAGUCAGAGAGGGUGAGGCCU